AACAUUAUUACUUUACACAUAUGUAGGGACCACCAUCUUCAUCUCCGACAAGAUUAUCUGCUCUCUUUUACCCCGGAAAUCCGUCGACGGCUUCAACAUUCAACAUCAGAGGAUAACAAUAAAACAAGAAAUGAAGAAGGAAAUCUGCUCUUUGAUGUCGAUUUUACUUCUGCUCUCACUCUCAAAGCUUGUUAGCUCCAAACUUCACGGAAACUCGGCGAGUGAAAUGGUGAGAAUCUUGAACCAGAACAGAACAGCUCGGAAGCUCGGGAAACUAAAUGAGAGUCCUGGUCUUGGCUGCAUAGCCCUACAGUAUGCUGAGCUCUGCGAGGGGAAAUGCAAUGUCGUCAACAACACUCUGACCUGUGAACCCAAUGAAGCCGACUUCACUCAGGUUUUUGCUCCAAACUGUGGUGUAGAGCUUCCCACUUUCGGUACCAUAACAGGCCAUGUCCUCGGAUGCAGCAGUAAGUACGAGAAGCCAGAAGUCGCCUUCUCAGACAUUCUCUUCAGAGAUAACAAAACGCUGUUGGUACUGAGAAACAGGUCGCAUACUGAGGUUGGAGUGGGAAUGGCUAAGUUGCAUAAAGGUACUUUCUUUUGGUGCCUUCUCUUUAGUGAUGGUGAGACAAAUUCUUCAUUUGCUCUGGAAGAUAACGGCAGGGGGAUUAAACAAAAGAGAGGCUGUUACAGUGGAAGUGCUUUCUCUUGCAGCAAUGCACAUAUGGUUUGUGCGCGUCUUCUCAACAGCUUUUUGGGGAUUCUCUUGUCUUCCUUUUUUCUGUUUAGACAUUGUGUGUGUGCCCCUUUCUUGAAGAAAUAAACUUUCUAAAAAGUGUUGAUUCUUAAAGGCAGACCCAUUAGGCUUGUUGUUUGUAAAGACUUAAGUGAUAGAUGGACCGUAUUGUUAUUGAAGCAAGCAACGAAUCAGUGUCUUCCUUGUAUUCUCGUAGAAAUUCACUUGAUUUAUCACAUUAGUUUCAGGCACUCUGAAAAUUCAGAAACCCAAGAGUGGAA